ACCAUUGAGCCGAGCAUCCUGCGAGAGCGAGCAAGAGAAUCACGACUUAUAACUAGGGUUCUCCACAGGUACCGAGAUACGAAUAGCUAGCUAGGAUGAUGCUGCUUGCACUGCAUUCUCCAUCUACCGGUACCGUCGCUUGGCGUCGUCGUCGUCCGGCUCCAUUACCCGCCAUCUCGCGCCGCGCUCGCAUUAUCCGGCCGUCUCCAUUCGCUCUGUCCACCGCGGCGGCCACGGACACGAGCACCGGCCAUGCCCCGGCCACGGCCGAUCGCGAGGCGCCGCUACUCCAGCUCCUCCACAGCGGGGUGCGGGCAGAGUCGCUGCCGCGGCACGUAGGGUUGGUGAUCGAUGGGCACGCGAGAUGGGCGCGCGCCAGGGGGCUGUCGGUGUCGGAGGGCCACGCGGUUGGGCGGCGCACGGUGGAGCACACGGUGCGACUGUCGCGAGCGUGGGGCAUCCGCGUGCUCACCGUCUUCGCCUGCUCCCACGAGAACAUGACGACCCGCCCCAAGGCGGAGAUGGACUUCUUCAUGCAGCUGUACGAGGGGUUUAUCCGUGACAACGUCGACCAGUUCUGCAGGGAGGGAAUCCGGCUGCAUCUCAUCGGCGACUCGCCGGGAUUGCCAGCGUCCCUGCUGCGCGCGGCGAGGGAAGCCAACCAGCUGGCCACGCAGAGCGAGUCGGAGAUGGUCCUGAUGCUGGCCAUGGGCUACAGCGGGCGGCGGGACAUACUGCGGGCGUGCCAAGAGCUCGCCACGGAGGUGCAGCGGAACCUGCUGAGGCCAGAGGACAUCGACGAGGCGCUCAUCGCCGGGAAGCUGGGGACCAGUAUCGCCGGCGGCGAGCUCUCUUACCCCGACCUGGUCAUCAGGACCAGCGGCGAGCUGCGGCUGAGCAACUUCCUGCUGUGGCAGUCCGCAUUCGCGGAGCUCUUCUUCUCUGACGUCAUGUGGCCGGAUUUUGGGGAGGACGAGUACCUCGGGGCCUUGCGUUCCUACCAGACCAGACAACGGCGCUUCGGCCAACGAAAGUAGAGCUCACUUCUUCUUCUUUUUUCCUUUCAAAAUACAACAAACGAGGAAAUAAAAAGCUACAUCACUACUAUAUAGAUUUGAU